AAGAAAAAUCAUAUCGUAAUAAAUUGGCAGACCAAACCCGAAACAGAAAAGGGGGAGAAAGUACUGAAAUCAAGAACCCUAACCAAUCGAUACACCAUUACCAAUACCCCAGAUUACAUAAUACAGAUAUAUAGAUAUAUAUCUAUACUUGAUUCACUCAUACCCAUACAUACAUAUUCCUAUACCUAUACCUAUACUUGCACGGUGACCAAUCUUGCAGUCUUCUCCAAUAAUCGCAUUUUCAGAUGAGCCAUUCAGUCGAUCAUAAUUCAACCGAUUUCCAGAAUGGAAUCAAAGGUGUGGAGGUUUUCCUUGGGGGUUUGGCUCGAACUCUCACUGAAGAAAAGAUUCGCAAGGUGUUCUCAACUUGUGGAGAAAUUAUGGAUAUGCGGUUGAUAAAGGAUAAUCAAGGCAGCCUAAAGGGGUUUGGCUUUGUACGCUUUACAACAAAAGAGGCCGCUGACAAAGCUGUGAAGGAGUUAAAUGAAACUAUGCUUGAAGGGAAAAAGAUUGGUGUUCUCCCAUCAGCUGCACAGGAUACACUGUUUCUGGGAAAUCUUAACAAAGGGUGGAGUGCUGAUGACUUUAGUAAGGUUGUCCGACAGGUGUUUCCGGACAUUGUUUCCAUUGAUCUUGCACAGCCUCAAAGUGCUAGUGACAGUGCUCUUAAUAAAAAUUUCAAGAAUCGUGGGUUUGGUUUCAUUAAGUUCUCUUCUCAUGCUGCUGCAGCACGGGCAUUUAGGGCGGGCUCUAGGCCAGGUUUUGUUCUUGGUGCUACUUUGCAUCCAACUGUAAAGUGGGCCGAGGAGGAUGCUGGAGUUGAUCCAGAUGAACUUGCUAAGAUUAAAAUAGCGUUUAUCAAAAACUUGCCCUCCAGCACUGAUGAAAACUACUUGAAGUUACUUUUUGCGCCCUUUGGAAUGAUAGAAAAAGUGGUGGUGCACAGUAAGGGCUCUUCUUCAGUCGGAUUUGUUCAUUUCACUCAGCGAUCACACCUUGAUAAGGCCAUAGAGCAACUAAAUGAAAAGAUGGUCCAAGGGCCAAAAGCCGGCUCAUCAUUUAAAAUACAGGUUGAAGUUGCAAGGCCAAUGGACAAGAAAAGGAAAAGGGCUCAUGAAGACCCCCAAAGCGCUCAGCCUCAUGAGAUUUUUAAUAAAUAUCAGCCUCAAGCUCACCAGCCAGUUUCAAACUCCUUCAAUGGCCAUGUAGAGAUAUUGCAAAAGGAGCCUGUGGGUGCUGAUCCCCAUGAAGCUGCUGUUCUAAUGUUACCAGUAGCUGUCAGAGAACGGCUACUUCGGAUUUUGCGGCUGGGUAUAGCUACUCGAUAUGAUAUCGAAGUUGAAUCCCUAGCUAAUCUGGCGAAACUACCUGAAUCUAAUGCUAUAUUAGUUCUUGACCAGUUCAUGUUAUCAGGGUCAGAACAGCACAACAAAGGAGCAUAUCUCACGGGAUUAAUUUCUAAGUACCAGGUGGAUAAACUUGGAUUAAAUCAACUACCUUUGAGCAUGUCCAGAGCAAGGGACAUUAAUGUCACGGACUCAGCAGGACUCUCUAGUAGGCUGCAUAUUACAACCGUCAAUUCUCUUGCCUUGCAUGCUGAUCCAAGUGUGCCUAGGAUGGACAGUUUUGCAGCUCGAUAUUCUUCACUGUAUCCAGAAUAUCGUCUGUCAAGUCACGCAGCUGCUCUAAGAACAGAGGAACGAAGUCCCCUAAACUUGCACGAAUUACCUGGUUCUUCUUAUUCUACUACUGCUCCAUACAGUCGAUAUUUAGUGAAUUCGCAUCUUCCUCCAGCUUAUGGAAACAUAGAGGAGAUGAGUCCCAACCCUUCACAACAAAUACAUGGUUCAUCUUCAGCACCAUAUCCAAAACCCGGACAAGAUCCUUACCGAAUACCAGCCUCUUCUUUAGCCUAUGCAAAAGCUGGUUCAGAACUUGACCUUGCACCAUCAGGUGAUCGUCAAGCUACUCGCCCCCAAAUGAGAUUUGACCCUUUUACUGGUCAACCUUAUAAGUUUGACCCUUUUACUGGCGAACCUAUCGUUCCAGAAAGCUUACCUUCGCGCACCAACUAUGAACAUUACAUCUAAUGUUUCCAGGAGAACCAAUUGGCGAUUUCAGCUUCUCUUGUUUGGUGUUAAUUACAAGAGAUGUUGUUGACCCCAGGAUUGAGCAAUGUACAUUAGUGAAGUUCUUUUCAAUUAUUUAUAACUUAGCCCAGAUGUUUUUAGAGGCAUUGGUAUUCAGCUCUCAAAAAAUGAAAUGCUUGAAUCUAGAUUACCUAUGCUCUUGACCAAAAAGAAAAAAAAAAAGUCUCGAAUAUUGCUUCCGUACUUCUGUAACAUAAUCAUUGUUUCUUGUUAGCAACUGAACAUCAUAAACGAGAUUCAGGUUGUUACGCUUUGUAUGAAUGAACAAAAAUACCUUUUUAUAA